GAGUUGGCAGAGAAGUUGGACACAACGGAAUCACAUCUUCUCCUCGGUGACGCUUACAUGACCAUACAGGAGCCGGAACGUGCCAUUGAAGUGUACGAAUCGGUGCUUCGUAAGAAUCCAAGUGAUUUACGACUGGCGACAAAAAUGGGUGAAGCUUUGGUUCAGACACACCAUUACGCAAAAGCCGUGUCAUACUAUGAGGCAGCUGUGAAGGAUGGUCAAACCCCGUUAUUAUUAGAUCUCAUAGAUUUAUUGAUCAAGUUAAAACAAUUUGACAAAACCCGUCGUCUGAUCACCCCAUUGGUCACAUUCACACCUACAGAUCCCAGUUCUCCAGAGACUCUGGAGCUAAAAGAAAUGAGACGAUCGAUAAAAUCUCUUAUCCGUCUUUGUUCUGCGGACAACGAACAAGCGCAGGCAAAUAUCGAAUUGUUGAANAAGCAGCACAAGCAAGGCGACUCGCUCGCGUACAAACAGCAGAGGUUGGAGCAGUUGUUAUUGAACAACGACUUACCAUGGCUGAUUACUCUAGUGUAUCGAGUGGAAGGUAUCGGUUAUUACCGUCCGGAAAUCCAUGUAAUCACGCUGUAUGAGGGAGCAAUUAGUAAGCUGAACAGCUGAUUGUGUCUAAAACUCGCUGAGUUGCAUUCGGUGGAGCUUCGCCACUUGGUCGGAGACCAUCGACAUGUUCUUCUACGCGAUCGAGUCGAUAGGCGUCACGAGGACAUUACGGAUCCAGCAAAACACGAGGGGGCUACAGCUCAAUCGGCCGCAGAGCAUCAGUCUAGGGCGCUCGCAGCACUGAAAGAAACCAUUUCACAGGUGACUGCAGUUGCUGGACGUGGCGUGGUCGAUACGCGCCGGCCGGGUACAAUCGGUUUGUUACGUUCGAUUGGAGGAGGCGAACUGAGUCGUGCUCGCCGCGAAGCAGUUCGGCUUGAGGCUGAAGCUCUAGUUCAGUUGGCUUCAUUAUAUUUAUCGAUCGGCGAUGUUUCCAGCUGCGAACAGGAAACAUUGAAACUAGCUCAGCUGGAAACGACAGUGGAAGAAAAAAGUCAGUUUGUGAUCCAUCCAGUAGGCGAUACCCUGGACAUUCUGGCCAAUGUUAGACCGGCUGCUUCGAUAAUGGCUGAUCUGAUGUAUGCCAAGCACGACUUUGAGACAGCAUCCAAACAUCUGGAGAGUAUUUUAGUAAAGCAUCCCACCGAUUAUUCGACCCUGGCAAAACUGGUGGAUGCUUUGCGGAGAUGUGGAAAUUUGAAUAAAAUACCAGUCUUUUUGGAUCGAACAAAGGCGGCGGAUCCCAUGGGAGAAACAUCCCCCGGGUACAACUUUUGUCGUGGUCUCUAUCAUCGAAUUACUGGCGAAUCAACUCUGGCACUGAAGUGCUUCAAUCAAUCUCGAUUGGAUUGCGGUUUGAAUGAAGAAGCUAUUUAUCACAUGGUCGAGAUUGCUCUAAAUCCGAACAAUCAGUUGCCUACAGAUGAUUCGGAUGACAUAAUGAACGACGGCGGGAUGAAUAAUGCAAAUUCAAAUAGUCUACGCCACGUGUCCGCUUUCCCUCAGAAUGGGUCGGUUAAUCAGUCCGAUAAUGGAACAACCGCAACAAAUGGAUUACAGACAGCUGAACACUUGUUGAAAGAGCUGCCGAAUUCGAAGAAUAACAAACGUCAUCGGUUCCUGUCCAACAUGUUACUUCUCAUGACCGGAUCAAAGCCAAAUGUGAACACCGCACUGGAGAGAUUUGCCCAAAUGGCACAGGAGGAACCCGAUAGUGGGGCAGUGAUUUACGGAGCCGCUGCAUGCUAUGUUGUGCUUAAACAAACGCAAAAAGCACGAAAUCAACUGAAGAGGCUGGCCAAGGUACCGUGGAAUGUGCAGGAAGCUGAAGAGUUGGAGAAAGCCUGGCUUUUGCUCGCGGACAUUUACAUUCAAAGCGGGAAAACAGAUAUGAGCCAAGAAUUAUUGAAACGAUGCCUACAGUACAACAAAGUUUAUGUUCUGCAAACCUAA